GCGUAUCUUGGCAACGUACCCUGGGCAAAGAUGUUAAUCACCGAGCAUACUCGUGCCAUCUCGCGAAGGGACAACUACGGCCGGACGCCGCUUUCCUGGGCCGUCAACCGAGGUCACCGCGACAUGGUGGUGUUUCUGCUCGACCAUGGUGCUCGUGUUAAUGUCAAGGAUCGGAGCGAUUUGACGCCGCUCCAUAUAGCUGUCACUGGACAGCACAAAGACAUCGUGUCUGUGCUGAUUGACCGGGGUGCCCGUCUUGAGAGCAAGUCUGAGCAUGGCGACACGCCCCUCAUCCGAGCUAUCCAGGCGAAUUCGAAAGAGAUCAUCCAGAUAUUGCUGGAACGUGGAGCG